AUGCACAAUUCUUUGUCCAUCAAUUAUGUAUCCAGGAUAUUCGUGGCGGGUCAGGCCGAAACUGAGUUCAAACUCAAAUCAACUCAAUUCGACUCUCUCUCUGUCUUUGUCAAGGAUCAGGGAAGUUCCAAAACUCGUUCCUUGAACCAAGGCAAGAAUCAUAACGCCGACGUCACCCAGCGGUCCAUGCUACCAAAUGGAAGAGGAGGGGAGGUUCAAGGGUUUUGGGUUUGGGUAUGGUAUGAUAGAGACAUAGAGGUUGCCACGGACGAGAAGAAGAAGAUGAAUGAAGAUUUCAAAAUGCAAAAAUGGAUGGCAGAACCGGAAUCCUGGGGUUUCACUGCCGGUCGAAGCGAGGCGAGGCGGAACGGAGAGGAUCCGUCUGCCGAUGGAGAGGGCAAACAGCCCAUCUCAACAUCAUCUCAUGUUUUCUAUACGGAGUGA